GCAUUUCCUAACCGCCGUCAGUCUGACUGGAAUAGUGCACAGACUUAUGUUUCUAUUUGUGACACGGACUCAUUUAUAGAUAAACAGAGCGGAAGAGCGUGAUUCGGUGAAACGGCGCGCUCCGGUUCGGUUGAGAGACGGUAGACUGCAGGUUUGGAGCAGCGCGUAAAUCCGGUAACGUAGUGCAGAUUUCAGUGCAGGAAUCACUACAGUCUGUCAGACCGGUUCUUCGUCUUUGACCUCAGACAUAAAGCAGCUUUAAACAGCUGAAUAACAUGACAAAAAGUCGUUUAAUGUAACAUUUAAAAGUGGUAAUUGCUUCUAAGCUACUUUUUUGUUGUGGUAUGGCUUCAUACCGUCAGAUAACGUAUACGACUCCACGCUGGUCAUUCCUGCUCACCUGACCAGCAAUAAACAGCUGAACAACACGACAAUGGUGUAAUUGAGCUGAUAAGCUAUAGUGUCAGGUUGAGUGUCAGGUAGGUUUUGUUUUGACAUGACGUCAUGGCCCUUGUUGGAUGACGUCACAGAGCUCAGUUCCGGUCAGGACCGCCGCUGGCUCCACAAGGAAGGAGUUAUGAGCAGUCUUGCUAAGAAGACACGGUUUAUUAACAAUCCUGGCAAUAAACUGUCUUUUGGCAAUAGAGACUGGAACGAUGCCUUCAUCAGCCUCUACGACGAGUCCAUCAGGAGAGGGAUGUACGCAGUGCGGUCAGACACGGACAGACACUCUUCACUACGAGACGGAAUGACGCCGAGACUCAGGAACCAUGACAAUCCUGCCUCAGACGUCCUUCCUAGGGGCCAGCCUGACCCAGACGCAACUCCUGUCACCAGCUACCUCCAUACCAACAAUGCAGAAGACUGCACAAACCCUGCCUCAGACUACUUCCACCACGGUAAAGAUCAUCUGCUCCACAUUCGGAAAGCGACCCGGUCCAGCGCUUCCAGACACCGAUUCGAGGUGAUCACCGAGCUGGGACCCGAGGAGGUCAGGUGGUUUUACAAAGAGGACAAAAAGACAUGGAAGCCCUUCAUGGGACACGACUCUCUCAGGAUAGAAAUCAUGUAUCGCAGAUUCUGCGAGUUAAACCCGGAAAGGGCUUUGAGCCGUAGUGGAGAGGAGAUUCUUAAAGACGAUGGGCUUGACGGAGGGGAGCCGGCGCUGGAUACCAGCAAGGAGAGCGUUGACAUCACUAUAGAGGCCGUGUGUGUCAGAGGAGGACUCUAUGAAGUGGAUGUGAGGAAUAAAGAGUGCUAUCCGGUGUACUGGAAUCAACAGGAUCGUAUCCCUGUCAUGAGAGGCCAGUGGUUCAUUGACGGCACAUGGAUGCCUGUAGAGGAGGAUGAGAGCGACCUCAUAGAGAAAGAACACCUGGUGUGCUUCCGAGGACAACAGAUACAGGACGCUUUCGAGACUGACACACUGGCCAAGACUGUGGACAGAAAAGAUGUUCUUUCCCAUUUUCCCCCAUUCUACCUCCCCUUUCUAUUCAAAUGGAGCGGAUAUCAGACGAGUGCUAAAAGUCACAAGCGAAAGCGAUGUCAAGCCAUUCACAGUGUGCAGUUGAGCCGCAGUCAUGUGGACUGGUACAGUGUGGAUGAGGUGUAUCUGUAUAGUGACGCCACCACGUCUAAGAUCGCCCGCACUGUCACACAGAAGCUGGGCUUCUCUAAAGCCUCCAGCAGUGGCACCAGACUGCACCGUGGCUUCGUGGAAGAGGCCUCGCUGGACGAUAAACCCCCUCAGACCACACACAUUGUGUUUGUGGUCCAUGGCAUUGGACAGAAGAUGGACAAGGAUCGUAUCAUCAAAAACACUGGCAUGCUGCGGGAAGCUGUGAGGAAGAUGGAGGAGAAGCACUUCGCUGAGCAAACAGAGGAACAUGUGGAGUUUCUGCCGGUCGAGUGGCGCUCUAAACUGGCUUUGGACGGCGACACAGUGGAGUCAAUCACACCAGAUAAAGUGAGAGGCCUGAGAGAUUUACUCAACAGCAGCGCCAUGGACAUCAUGUACUACACCAGCCCUCUCUACAGAGACGAGAUCACUAAAGGUUUGACGCAGGAGCUCAACCGCCUCUAUUCUCUCUUCUGCUCACGAAACCCUGAGUUUGAGAGCAGAGGUGGCAAAGUGUCCAUCAUCUCCCACUCGCUGGGCUGCGUGAUCACCUUUGAUAUCAUGACAGGCUGGGAUCCUGUGCGCUUCUGUCUGCAAGAACAUCGGGAUCAGCUAGAGGGCGAAGAUUUGCACUGGACCACUCAUGAAGAGCGCCACCUGCUGGAGGAAGUGCAACUAACCAGACAAAGGUUACGAGAACUGCAAGAUCAACUUCAGGACCUGAAGGCAUCAAAACCUACACCCUUCCCUACAUUAAAGUUUAAGGUGGAGAACUUCUUCUGCAUGGGUUCUCCUCUGGCUGUGUUUCUGGCUUUGAGAGGCAUUCGGCCAGGAAACACCGGUGACCAGGACCACAUCAUGCCCAAAUCCAUCUGCCGGCGCCUCUUCAACAUCUUCCACCCAACAGAUCCUGUGGCCUAUCGACUGGAGCCUCUUGUUUUAAAGCACUAUAGCAAUAUCGCACCUGUCCAAAUACACUGGUGUAACACCAUCAACCCCACCCCGUAUGAUGAGAUCAGACCCACCUAUCUAAGCGUGAGCAAGAACGCAGCGACCGACACGGAGAACGGCCCCAUUCCCAGCAGCUCACCUGUGCUGGUCAGGAGACACUACGGAGAGUCCAUCACCAGCCUGGGCAAGGCCAGCAUACUGGGUGCUGCGAGUUUCGGCAAGGGCAUCGGUGGGAUUUUAUUCUCUCGAUUCUCUCGCUCACCCAGCCUGCCGUCGGCUGUGGAUUCUGGGAUUGGUGACAGUGAGGACAGCCAAAGCACUUUUGCAUUUUCAGCCAUAUCUCCAUCCUCUUUAUUUGAUGCAGCAGUUGAGAUGGAGCAUCGCAUUGACUAUGAGCUUCGGGAGGGUUUGGUGGAGAGCCGCUAUUGGUCAGCUGUGACCUCACACACGGCCUACUGGACGUCCCAUGACGUCGCCCUGUUCCUCCUGACCUUCAUAUACAAGCAACAGAGCACAAACCAGACAGAAAACACCAGUCCCAUGUAGCACAGACGGCACUUUCCACAAGAAAGACUGAUCCCAUCCUGUCCGCUUUGGGUCUCUAGGAUGCUUCAAAGAACACUCUGUGCCUCUAAGUUUCCUAAGCCUUCCCAAACGGACAGAGGCUAGACUAUGCAAAACCUGCAGCUCCCAACCUCAUUAUUGAGAAUACCUAUUAUUUUUUCUAUGAUAAGUCCAAAGAGUGCACCUGAUCCAUACGAGGUAUAUGCAGCAGACAUGCACAGUUUUGGACCAUGCAGGUCUAGGGGUCAAAUCGAGUUCUUUAUUUAGUCAGCAGCACAUAACUGUGGAAGCCCGUUUCUGCCAUGAAAUAAAAAAACAAGGGAAUUGCGACAUUUUAUCUCAGAAUUCUGGCUUUUUUUUCCUCACAAUUGCGAGUUUACUGUAUACAGUAUAUCACGAAUGCAAGUUUACAUCUCACAAUUCCGAUUUAAUUUAAUUUAAUUGCAAGAUAAAAAGUCUGAAUUGUGAGAUGUAAAAUCAGAAUUGCAAUAAAGUCACAAAAUGUCACAAUUACCUUUUUUUUUUUUAUAUAUAUAUAUCCUGUGGUGGAAACAAGCUUUCAUGCACUAUAAACCCCUAAUAACGGCUGGCACUUAUUUAACUGUGUACAUUAGAUAUUUUUUAGAUAUUUUUGUUUUGACUUUAGGAAACAAUGUCUAUUUAAUGUAAUAAGAAGCACAGUUAAAAAAUUGUAUUUUUAUGCAGAAGGUUUCUUUAUUAUACCCACACAACUACAUUGUGAUGUGGUUUGACCUUAUGUAUUUAUUUAUGUCACUGAUGCAGCGCACAUGAUUAUGAAUGGAUGGGCAGAUAAUUCAGUGUGCUGAUGUCACAGUUUCUAGCCAAAUCUUUCCCAGAGUUUGUGAGCAGGAUGUGUUGAUUGUGGAGAAUCUUAUGAAACCUGCCCAGAACAUGUCAAAGUCACAUUUCACCCCUCAAAAUUUAUUUAUUUAUUAUUAUUAUUUUUUACAUAGUUUUCAUGCUUGCAGAUUCUUUAAUCCAUCCAGACACAUUUUAUAAUGAGAAUAUGGGGUGGAGUGUUUAAUUUUCACAAAAAUAAUCUCACAAUGCAAUAAACAAACAAAUCAAAUUAGUUGUUCUUUAAGCAACUUAUAAUUUUUUUUCUUUUAUUUUAGGCUGAAACCUAGACAUGUUCUUGACAGGUUUUCACAAGAUUCCCCCUUCACUUCACUGCAGUUUUAGCAUUUAUGUGCCACGAAUAACAACACUAUUAAACGCAGAAGCUAGCUGAUGGAAAACAUGAUAUGUAGGCUAGAUUACAGAUUGUGUGUGUGCGUGUGCGUGCGUGUGUUUAGGUUCAGAUGUGACGGGGCUCAAGACUGUUCUGUCAUGUAGUUUGACGUUCCUAUUCCUUCAGUCACUAUUUGUUGACACUUGACAGAAGAUUUAUGUGUCUUACUGUAGGUCACGUUUAUUGAAAUGUGUCGAUGAUACUGAUACAUCAUCUGUACUUAUUUUAUUUUAUUAGCCAUUAGAAUAGACCUGUUUCAUUUAUUUAAUUUUUUGUCUUGUGUAUCCCACAGGGUCAUUAGUAAAGUUUAUCAACACUAAUGUUUUCCUAUUAACUCGUGUUACACUGGAUCUCAGUUAGCUCUACUGUUAAUCUCAUUAAACUGCCUAUAACUAUGAUUCUUUUUUAACGAGUCACCUCCGUGUUCUUGUUACAAGUUUGCAUGGUGCUGGAGGCGAUCGGAGAGAACCUUCCUCAGAAAAAGACUUUUAUUUUUAAAUAAAAUACGGGACGCUCAAACAAAGGUAAAGCCAUUUGCAGUCUUGUGUGGGGCACAAACAUCACCAGAUAAAUAGGUUUUAAUGAGAAUCAGACAUUUGAUGGCAACACAAAUCAAUAACAUUUACCCAUAUACAGGUUCUGUGUUUCUGCUUUAUAGGUUUAUCAACAAACAAAGCAAAGUCUUGCCAAGUUUUCUGUCAAAUGGGUUGCAUGUUAUGGAAAUCUGACCAAUAUUGUGUUUUCCUUAAUGCUGGAUUAGUUUCAGCUUUUGUCUUCUCCAGAUGUUAACUGAUGGACUGGAGUGCUGUGGAUUAUUGUGAUGUUUUUAUCAGCUGUUUGGACUCUCGUUCUGACGGCACCCAUUCACUGCAGAGCAUCUACAAUGCAAUGCUACAUUUCUACAGAUCUGAUGAAGAAACAAACACAUCCUAAUCUUGGAUGGCCUGAGGGUGAAGACAUUUUCAGCAAAUUUUCAUUUUUGGGUGAACUGUUCCUUUAAGGGUUUGUAAAUCAGAUAAAUCAAUAUAUUUAAACCUAUAGUGCAAACACAGUUUGUCAGUUUUGGGUACAAAGUCUAUGCAUU